AUGCACGACCUCAGACUCAAGGUUCUUCGUGAGAGCGGCAAGACCGUCUCCAAGAAGGCCAAAUCACGCCCCGAGUCCGCUCGCGCCUCCAUGAGAAACUCACCCAACGUCUCGCCUGGCCACUCUCAGAUCAACUCCCCGGCACAUUCGCGCGCCGGUAGUCGCUAUGCCUCAGAAGACGAAGGCAGCGACUCCGACUACGACGACGGCAUGACCAUGAGCACCCUGUCAAAUCACUCAGACACCGCUUUGGACGAGGCAACGGAACCCAACUGGGCACAACUACUACAGGAUCGCAUCGUCGAACUGCAAGAUCGCAAGCGGACAAAUACCCAGAGGCGCGAGGCCACAUUGAUAUCCUACCUGCACCUUGUGAAACACCACUACGGCGGCCGCCAAGUCAGCAACUCCCUGGACGACAUCGUCACGGCGUUGAUGAAAAACACCAGGUCCGGAGGCAGCUCCCUCGAGCGCCUCACGUCCUUGAAGUCUCUCUCAGCUACGCUUCUCACAACGCCAUCAGACUCCCUGUUCGACGACAUCUACCCGCAACUCGAGAAGACCCUCGAAGACGACGACGACAACGACGUCAAGGCAGCCGCGAUCUGGGCCAUGGCAGUCACAACAAUGUACGGCGGCGGAGGCGAAGAGUCAGCAAGCGAGCUCCUCGAAUACCUAGUCACCAUCGUCGAAAGCGACGGCGAGGCCGUCGGCGCAGCAGACAGCGGCGACGUCGUCACCUCCGCCCUCGAGGCCUGGGCCUUUGUCGCCAGCCAAGUAGACGACAUCACCGAAAACGUCUACUCCGCCAUCGAAGCCUUCGUAGAGCAGCUCGACAGCACCGACGUCGAGGUCCAAGCGAGCGCCGGCUUCAACAUCGCCUUCAUCUUCGAAGCGGCGCGCGAUCACGAGGAGGAGACGGGCGAGCCGAUGAACCUGCAAUACGACCCCAAGAAGCUCAUCGCCCUCAUGGCCGAGGCAUCCAAGCCCUCGGUCAAGCAAACGGCGCGCAGAGACAGAAGACACCUGCGCAAGCAAUUCGCCAGCAUCGUGUCGUCUCUCGAACACGGCAAGGGACCUGGCUACUCCAGCGCGAGCCGUCCGGCCUUUAACCCGCACACGGGCGGCACCAAAGCCGAUCCUGGCGCUGGCCGCAGGGGCGACGACGACGAGGAGAACCGCGCGUUUGGAUACCGCGAGAAGCUUCGCCUUGGGUCUACAGUCGUCCUCAUCGACUCGUGGUCUCUCAUGGCGCGCGUUGAGGCGACGAAGACGAUUCUCGGAGGCGGUUUGCCCACGCACUUCAACGACAACCCUACUGUUGCGGAGCUGUUGGAUAACGCUGAGACGGAGGAGGCGGCGGCACAGCUGUACGCGGUGCGUCCCAACAAGAGUGCGAAGCACAUGAGGAGGUAG